CUUUUUUUUUUUUUUGUGUUGUUGUAUUAGUUUUUUUGAGACAAGGUUUCAUGAAGCAUUUGUAUUGUGUAGCUAAGGAUCCUGGUCCAUUCUGACUCUACCUCCCAAAUGCUGGAAUUAUAGGCAUGCAUCACCAUACCCAGCUUAUUACUCUUUUUGUUACUAAAACUGUUAAUUGACAAAACACUUCAUGUUAAAAUAAUUUGGCCAUAAUUUGAAAGACUAAAUACUAGAGGAAACAAUUAUUUAAUGUAGGAAACACUGAACUAGAGAACUGUAAUGAACAGGAAAUUGCUGCUCUCCUGGUAUCUGUGGUCCAAGUCUAAAUUCUUGUCAUUGGGACUGAAUCCAAAUCUGUGCUUCUUUUUAUAUGCACAGCAGAGAGCUGAUUCACAUAGGACCCUGAAAUUAGAGUAAUUACAGUCUUCAGUGGUGACAGCUAACUCUAUUUUGAUUUCUGUUAUAGCAUCGCAUGCAGAGCUGGUGGGAUACACAAAAGGACAUUGGCAGAAUUAUAGUGAGGAUUUCUUCAAAAAUCUGGAAUGAUGAGAAAAUAAGAGAAAGCGAUGAGAAAAAGCGACUGAAUGCAAUGGCUAACAGAGCAGCCGGAAAAGGUUAUGAAAAUGAAGACAACUAUUCUAAUAUUAGAUUUCAGUUUGUUGGAAUAGAAAAUAUUCAUGUCAUGAGAUCCAGCCUUCAGAAAUUACUGGAAGUGAAUGGCAGCAAGGGGCUUUCCGUCAAUGAUUUCUACUCUGGUUUGGAGAGCUCAGGAUGGCUUCGCCAUAUAAAGGCUGUUUUGGAUGCUGCAAUCUUCUUAGCCAAGGCAAUAGUGGUUGAAAAUGCAAGUGUACUGGUCCACUGUUCGGAUGGGUGGGAUAGGACUUCCCAGGUUUGUUCCCUCGGCUCGCUCUUGUUGGAUUCCUACUACAGGACAAUGAAAGGAUUUAUGGUUUUAAUAGAAAAAGAUUGGAUAUCAUUUGGGCAUAAAUUUUCAGAGAGGUGUGGCCAUUUGGACGGUGACCCAAAGGAAGUCUCACCAGUGUUUACUCAGUUCUUGGAGUGUGUGUGGCAUCUGACUGAGCAGUUCCCACAAGCCUUUGAGUUCAACGAAGCGUUUCUUCUUCAGAUCCACGAGCAUGUUCAUUCAUGCCAGUUCGGGAACUUCCUUGGGAACUGUCAGAAGGAAAGAGAGGAACUCAAGUAAGUGGAUGAUGAAAAUGGGCCUUUUCCUCCUACA